CAGGCGGUUGCCGGAGGAAGGGAAGAGAUUUUCGCCCUGAGCUCCCUCGUUAGCUCGAUCCAGUGGAAGGAAAGCCAGGAAAAACCAUUGCUGCCAGCCAGGAGCAGGGAACAGCGCUGGGCUGUCGCGUGUGGGCAGCAUCUGCCGCAGCAAAUCUUGCUGGACACUCUCAGUCUCCAUGAUGCUCACAAAGUCCACAUAGCUGCAUAAAACCCUUCCAAGGCUGGAAGUGCUGCAGGAGCCUGUCCCACCCCCAGACUUCCCCUCCUGAAUGCUGUGGAUGAAAGACACAGGAAAGGAAGGACACAGCCCUGGUUGUUCCCUUACGGUGCUGCUCCAGGGGUGCUCCACUAUGUCCUGCAGCCCUGCCUGGGGGGUGGGCUCAGCCCCAGCGCAUGGACCAUAGCUCUCCAGAUGGCACUGCUGCAGAAGGGAGCUUCACCAGGCUCCAAAGAAUGAAACAGAGGCGUCCCCACUUGAGAAAUGCAGCUGCCUUCGCAACCGCUGCUGCCUUGACCCUCCACUUCACUGUAAGGGUGUAGAUUAAUCUGUGCAACCGCCCCACCGUGCCCUCCCCACCCAGCCUCCCACCAUGCCGGAGCUGGCAGAGCUGAGCAGCCCCCGAACGCCUGCGGACGCGGACCACAUCCAGAGGAACAUCUUGGAAGAGCAUGUGGAGCUCUGGUGGUUCCAGGACCCCAAGAAGUCCAUCCUGUGCUACGGGAUGGCUGUGGUGCUGAUCCUGGCCUGCGGGAUCGGGGGCAUCAUCCUGCUGUAUAGUACUAGCAGCCGCUCUGGGGAGUGGCGGCUGGCCGUGGGCACCACGCUCUGCCUCCUGGCCCUGCUCGUGCUGCUGAAGCAGCUGCUGAGCUCUGCAAUCCAGGACAUGAACUGCAUCCGCAGCCGGGACCAGAUCGAGCUCCUGAAGAGCGGGGGCUUCUCGGACUGCCUGGUGCUGCUGCUCAGCGCCCUGGUGCUGGUGGUCUGCGGGGUCGUGCUCACCAUCCUCUCCACCACGACCAUGCAGCUCAGCCCUGCACGGCCGCUGGCCAGCAUGUUCACCAGCGGGGUUGUCCUCCUGACUGCCGGCAGUGCCAUCCUCCUCUGCCUGCUGCUCUACCUGCUCUGCACCUCCUGCUGCCAGGCGGCUCCUCGGAGCCUGGAGACCGGCGACAUCCGUGUCUUCACCAUCUCCGGCCGCCUCGCUGCAAACAGGCGGCUUCCUCCCACCUCCAGCAUGGCCAACCUGAUCUGACCCAGGACACCCCUGCGUGAGCCUCACUGGAUAUGACCCGUCAGCAGGGCUUGUGCCGGCCUUUCCUGAAGGAAGGGCGAGCGUCGCGGUGUGCCUUGUGCUUCUUUUGGAGAUGACUGGCAUUUGCUUUGCCCCAGGCUGAUGGCACAGCAGGGUCUCGGGGUGCCUGGACAGGCUCUUUGACCUGGCACGUUAGGAGCGCAGCGCUGGCCUGGUUGGCGUUUUAUCUCCGCAAGCCUCCCGUGACAGCUGCUGCCUGCCCGGCUGUGACGCCAGACACAGAGUUAAGGUGAGCCUGUCCUGUACCCCCGGGGACCCCAGUACUUGCUUGGUUCCUGCAGUUCCUGGAGCUGUCUCGUGCACUUUCCUGGCAGGAGAAGCUGUGAUUGUGGGUGGUAUAAAACCACCCUGUGCUCUGUGCAGAGCCGCCAGCUCCUGAGCAAAGUAGAGCCUCUAGCAGCUGAUGAAUGGCAGGAAAUAUUCUGUGUGUCAGCAGGCAUGCAGCACAAGUGAAGGGAGCUCGGUAGGAGGUACGGCUGCAGGGGCUGCUCCCGAGAAAGCACCUGUGUGUCUGUGGGAGUGAGCGUAGGAUUUGCAUGGGAUUCUGUGUGCCAGAGGCCCAGCAUGGCUGGACCUCACAUGAAAUGCUGUUUGUGUUUGCAAUGCCAGGAUCUGUUCCAAUAUUACAUUUCUGUGGCCCACCACCUUCCGUGGUUUAUCAAACCACGGCUCUGUUUUCACACCAGUGUGCUCCAGCCAUGCGAGCCACAAACAGCAAGGUGCAGUCUCUGGGGGAUGGUCAUGGGAUGCCCGAAUCCUGGGGCUGGAGCCGCUGCUCUGCAAGGGCGGUGCGAGGGGGGAGUGCGGUUGCCCUCAGACAGGAGUUUCCCGAGCAGAGGCACCUCUGCUGCCGUGGGAGCGCUGCAGCUCAUCCCAGUCCCUGCGUGUUCCUGUGCUCUUUCUGUCUGCUGAGUGCUGCAGCUGCUGCGGGGCAUAAAGUUCUUCUGCUACCACUUGGGCCUUACCUGGAGCUUUUUUGGUGUUUUAUCUCUACAAGGUGUCUAUCACCGAGGUGUCUUUCCCAGAGGCAUGCUAACAACUCACCCCCAGGAGCUUUUCCUGUGACUUGACACUAAUUUACCUGUCAAAAUUCUCAUUUCCUCCAUAGACCCACAAAUCAUUUCACUGCCCUUUCCAUAGACACAGAUCAUAACCUCCUAGCAAAGCUGCUCAUGCGCAACAUUCUCUUCAUCUUCCUGUCUGCUCCCAUAUCCCCCUUACCUGAGCUGCUCUGCCCCAGCUGUUAUUUUUGCUUAUUAUUUGCUAAGUUCCCUCUGUAAUGGAAUAAGACUGAGCUAUUAUUUUUUGGUGCCUGGUAGCAAAUUUAUUUGGAAGAGGACAAUAGCUCAUUCCCUUAGUUAACAGCACGAAUCGCUGUCCGUGUUACACGUGGAGGCAGUGUCAGAGUUCAGCAUCAGUGAACUCCACCAGGUAUACACUGGACAAUGAGGACUUCAUCCCCUUUGCAGCUCCAGACCACACCAUUCCUGAUGCACUCAGAUUGCAUGAGGGCACUUCUGUAUUCACCUGCUCUUGCCGUGCUCCUGCUGGCUUUCCUUGCCCCGAAGCCUUGGAUUGUUUUCCCCAAAGUACAGGAACAUCAUUUUGGCUUUUCUUUCUGGAUCUCUGUUAUUUCUACAUUUUCCUUUGCCACUUUCACAUCAUCUAUAGAUUUUAUUAAACUGCUGUUUCCUCCUUUCUCUGCAUCAUUUCCCUUAAUCUGCCCAAGAGUUCAGAGGGUGUUACUAAGCUCAGGUCCUUCUGUGCUAAAUCCUCUGCAAAGCAAAAAGCCGUCCUUCCCCUCCAGGCUGUUUGACCCCAGGACCCACACGACCCUGUGCGUACGCAGGGAGGGACAGGCCAGAGCUGGACAUUUUUGCACCGUCACCGUUGCUGCUGCUCUGCACAUCUGUGUUGGUGCAUGUGCAGUUAUGCCAAGCUGCACUGUCUCUGCCUGCAUCAGUGCUUUAGCAGUUACUCCCAGCUCCCCCAACCUGCACAUGUGGACAGGCCACAGCUGCCUGCACACCAGCUGUUUUGCACAUCUGGGCAUUUCUGUGAAGACGCAGGACUGUGCUGAGCUCGCAGCUCUGCACUGCCUGCAUGCCAAGGUGAAUCCUCCCCCCCAUAGCCCCUUCAAAAUGUGCCCCAAAUGCCCAUGAAUUGUGCCAGAAAAGGACGUUUGUGUGCCGUGUCAGCAACCCAAGGAAAUAAUGGCUGAGAACAGGCUGUCCCCAAAGAUAGUGGUUUGGGUGUCUGACUGCCCAGACGCGCAGCCUGCGCUGCUCCAGUCACUGACUCACCUCUGCAGCAGUGGUACUUGUUUGCUCCUUUCUUGGUUCCUGUGUUGUGCAUGCAAAUCCAUAAUAAAGUGUUACAGAAGUC